UAGCUCUCCCCAAUCAUGCCCACCUUUCCUUUUCUUCUUAACAAGUCGAAAGCCUCAUCGAUUUCCUGAACUCAUUCUCUCUCUCUUAUAAUCCAAUGAUGCCUUAGAUAACAUCAACAUGGCUCAAGUUCCAAAUGUCGUCGUAUUCACCCUUUGCAUAGGAACCCUCCUUUUUUUCUUCCUCGUGAUUGCAAUUUUCUUUUACAUGCAACGUACUUCUGCCCAUCAACACCAACAGCCUGCCGGAACUGUCCCCGUACACUCCAUCAAUAACUUUCAUCCAGGUAUUGAUGAAGCCACUCUACGUCAAUACCCAAAGCUCCUCUAUGCCGAAGCCAAGCUCUACCAGGGAAACUCUACCUCAUCCUGUUGUUCAAUAUGCUUGGCUGAUUACAAUGACACGGAUGUGUUGCGCUUGUUACCCGAUUGUAGUCAUAUCUUUCAUCUUAAAUGUGUCGACUCCUGGCUACGCCUGCAUGCUACAUGCCCGGUGUGUCGAAACUCGCCUCUUCCUGAGGUGAUGGCUUCAGUGGAUGUGACAUCCUGAUAAAUGGAAGAGCUCUUUAUUACCAUUACAUUUGCUCCAAUUUGUAAAAGUGAUCAACGAGGAGUACUGAAUUAUAAUUUUCACACUAAUUUUUUUAUGUAAGACAGAAUUUACCUUUA